UCAACCGCCUCCAACAAGUCCCGAGGAAGUUCAUUAUCACCCACAACCAGAGAUACAGCAUACAUUUAGGCCCCAAGCUAAGAUUCCGAUGAAGGCAAUCUCUGGCAUCUUUGCGCUAGCAACCAUCAUGCCAUGGUUCAUAUUGUUGGGACUGACUCCUAACUUAUUCACAAACCAAAUAUUCCCUUUCGUUGCCUUACUUGCCGUAUUUGAAGCGCUUCUGGUUACCUACUGGAUCCGCCUUAAGCUGCCACAGGUGCUUACUUACGGUGCAAUUCUCUCGGUCAUCACAGCUGCCGCAGGAAAACGCGCGUUGAGUGCUAUAAGCAA